AUGCAUAGGCUUCCUUUACAAAAGGCUCUAUUACGACCUUGUGUCUCCCGACAGCAUCAGCACAGUAGAUUGCUUACAACAAGGUCUUUUUCCCUUGGAAAAGGCGCUAGGCAGAGCACUUGCUGUCUUCGACCGGCCACCAUCCUUACUACACAAACUUACCAUUCCAAGGGAACGCUUGCCUUGCUUGCCAGUGCACCAUUUCGCUUUCAUUCUGUCGAUAAAAAGGCCGUACGUGUGGGCAGCAUUGAUUCACCAGCGUCGCCAGCAGAAAUAGAGCACGCAGAGUUGACGCACGAGUCUAGAUUCAUGCUCAUCCGUCUAUGCAAACGUAUCAUACAAUUUCUCGAUGCCUACAUACUAGAGCCUAUAUUAACGCUUAGACGAUUAACCCACAUCUUGUUACUGUUUUUACCGGUGGCUAUCACUGUACCCAUUGUAUUCUUUGGACAAAAAGAGAACGAAGACGAAAGGGCUGGUACCUUGUGGUGGUAUGACUUGCUUGCAACGCAGAUGGAGAGAGCUGGGCCUACAUUUAUCAAGCUUGCUCAAUGGGUGGCAUCUCGUACAGAUCUGUUCCCAUUAGCUCUGUGCACUCGAUUAUCCAAGCUGCACUCACAUGUGGAUCCACAUCCAUUCAGUUAUACCCAGAAAGUGAUAGAAGAAGCAUUUGGCAGACCGUUAGACCAGGUGUUUACUGAAUUGGAUCCAGAGCCAUUAGGUGUAGGCGCUAUUGCACAGGUAUACAAGGCUCGCAUUCGACCAGAGAUUUUGCUGGGCCAUGCCGCCGAGCAAUUUUCGCUGCAAGACAACACCAUCACAACGGACUCGGUCCAGACAUUGGACAGUGAGGGGAAUUCAAUUGUGCUACACACUGCUGUGGCUAUCAAAGUCCUGCAUCCCAAGGCACGCCAAAUUGUACAACGAGAUUUGAUCAUCAUGGGGUGUGUGGCCAAGUUAUUAACAUUGAUCCCGACCAUCCAUUGGCUCUCAUUGCCAGAUGAAGUGCGAGUGUUUGGCGAGAUGAUGAAGGAGCAGUUGGACUUGCGAGGAGAAGGAAACAACCUCAGGCGAUUCAACGAGUAUUUUGCAGACGCCAGAGAUGUCAAGAUUCCCAAAUCACUAGCCGCUUUUACCACCAAAGACAUGUUGUUGGAAGAAUACGUCAAGGGCAUCCCGCUUGAUUUGUUUCUAAAUCAAGCUUCAUUUACUCGAAAGAACGAACUGGACCCUAUUUUCGACCACAAGAUUGCCGAUAUUGGAUUGAACGCUUUUUUGCAUAUGUUGAUUUUCUACAACUUUGUUCAUGCAGAUUUGCAUCCGGGAAACAUCAUGGUCGAGUUUUAUAGACCGUCCGCCCAUCAUCCACUGAGAUUAGCAUGGUCAAAGCUAUUGGGGCGAGAACUGAAAGACAAUGGUGAAUCAGCAGUGAACCGCAUUCUGGCAGUGAAGCACGAUCCAGAAGCAGUGCAGAAGGAACUCGAGCUAUUGCAGCGAGAGGGCUACUCACCACGCCUUGUGUUUAUCGAUACUGGCCUGGUCAACGAACUGAACGACGUCAACCGAAGAAACUUUCUGGAUCUGUUCCAAGCAGUGGCUCAAUUUGACGGAUACAGAGUGGGCGAACUGAUGGUAGAGAGAUGCAGAUCACCUGAAGUUGUCAUUCAGCCUGAUGUGUUUGCGUUGAGGAUGCAAAACUUGAUUCUUGGAUUGAAGCAAAACACUUUUCAUUUGGGUGCAGUGAAGAUUGGCAAUUUGUUGCACGAGACAAUGAACAUGGUUCGAUCGCAUCAUGUCAAAAUGGAGGGCGAUUUCAUCAAUGUCGUGGUCAGCAUCAUGCUCUUGGAGGGCAUUGGAAGACAGCUGAACCCUGAUCUGGACCUGUUUAAGAAUGCAUUGCCCGUGCUCAGAGACUACAGUAUCAAAGAGGGAGGUAAAGCAGCAUUGGAAGAGAUGAAGGAUCCUCAAUUACGAGGAGGCCACUGGAUUAAGGUGUGGAUCUUCUUGGAGCUCCGAAAUUAUCUCGGACGAAAUACCCGUGAUGAAGAGUGGUUACAACUAUGGUAA